CUGGGUUCUGACUGGAUGUUGUGGGUCGGAACCGCUCUGACCCGGUGUGUUGGUGCGUCCCCAGAGGCGGAGCGGCAGUGGACCGGGCCGUUCUGCUUCGUCCAGGCUGCGGACCCCCAGCUGGGCCUGAUGAAGUCGUGGCGGAUCGGCGACAAGGUGGGCGGCGGCGAUGAGUGGGAGGAGGAAGUGGUGCUCACCAAGCAGGCGGUGGCGGGGGUCAACCAGCUGCGGCCCCGGCCCCGCUUCAUGGUGCUGUGUGGGGACCUGGUCAACGCCAUGCCGGGUAGGAGGCUUUAACUAGGCCACUUCAGC